GGAGGGGGAGGAUGGAAAGAGAUGAGGGGAGUGAUUGCGCCGUGCCACACACACUUGAAGCUCAGUCUCCCUUGGAGACAGUAGCGGCGCUGGAUCACGGCAUGACAGUGCAACAGUACAGUCUCCACUCCAGCGCACUUCCAGCGAGCCGCCGCCGCCGCUGAGCCGCCGCCGCCGCAGCCCAGACGGGCCGAGGACGAGCGAGGGAGAGAGAGAGAGAGAGAGAGAGAGAGAGAGAGAGCGCCCGGGGCUCAGGGCGGGAGCGGAGGACGAGCGAGGAGUCGGACGAGACCGAGGAGGAGUGGGAGGACGAAGCGGGGGAGCGAGGAGUCCGAGGAUGAGCGGAGCUGGCAGGAGGAGCUGCUGAGGCGCACACACACACACACACACACACACACACACACACACACACACACACACACACACACAGGGACAGUGUGUUGGGCCCCAGCGGAGGAUGAAGAAGCACUCAGCCCGCGUGGCUCCUCUCGGCUCGUACAGCUCUCAGGUCCUGACCUGCCCUGUCUCUGAAGGAGAGGAUGGCUCCGAGUCGCACACCGACACGCCGGGCAGCGAGACCAGCAGAGAGAGCCGGUCCUACCACUCGUGCACCAACGCGCUUCUCAAGGUGCUGGGGGGCCUGCUGAUGGUGCUGUGCGUCUCCUCCUCCUGGGUGGGCACCACUCAGGUGGUCAAGCUCACCUACCAGUCCUUCUCCUGCCCCUUCUUCAUCUCCUGGUUCAGCAGCAACUGGAACAUCCUCUUCUUCCCCAUCUACUACUCUGGACACGUGGUCACCACACGGGAGAAGCAGACGCCCAUACAGAAAUUCAGGGAAUGCAGCAAGCUCUUUGGAGAGGACGGGAUGACUCUGAAGCUGUUUGUUAAGAGGACGGCGCCCUUCUCCAUCCUGUGGACUCUGACUAACUACCUGUACCUCCUGGCCUUGAAGAAACUGACCGCCACUGACGUCUCCGCUCUCUACUGCUGCCACAAGGCCUUCGUCUUUCUUCUGUCCUGGAUCGUCCUGAAGGAUCGGUUCAUGGGCGUCCGGAUCGUGGCAGCCAUAAUGGCCAUCACAGGCAUUGUCAUGAUGGCGUAUGCGGACGGUUUCCAUGGCGACUCCUUCGUGGGCGUGGCAUUGGCUGUGGGUUCAGCCUCAACUUCCGCUCUCUACAAGGUGCUUUUCAAGAUGUUCCUGGGAAGCGCCAACCUUGGCGAGGUGGCGCAUUUCCUCUCCACCAUAGGCUUCUUUAACCUGAUCUUCAUCUCCUGCGUGCCCCUCAUCCUCUACUUCACCAGGGUGGAGCACUGGGGCUCACUGUCCUCCCUGCCCUGGGGCUACCUGUGUGGACUGGCCGGGCUGUGGUUGGUGUUCAACAUCCUGGUCCAUGUUGGCGUGGUGCUGACCUACCCCAUUCUCAUCUCUAUAGGGACACUGCUCAGUGUGCCAGGAAAUGCAGCCGUGGAUGUUUUGAAGCACGAGGUGAUCUUCAGCGUGGUGCGUCUGGCGGCCACGUGCAUCAUCUGCCUGGGCUUCUUGCUGCUGCUGCUGCCGGAGGAGUGGGACUCGGUCACGCUGCGCUUCCUCGCCACCAUCGCGGACAAGAAGCCGGAGGAACACGGAGAGGAGCUCACGGAGUCCAGCGUCCACACUCGGAGCCGCAGUCGGGCCAACGGCGCCGUCUCCAUUCCCUUAGCAUGAAGUCGGCUCGUGGCUCGUCUCCAGGCCUUUCUGCUCGUGUUCCUCCACUCAGACGCUGAGGCAGGAUGCUCGGGCCACACUAGCUCUCCAUCAGGAAGACAGACGCUCUGAAGAAGCAUCUCUUCACCACAGGAGGGAGAAAGACAUCAUUCACAGAUUUUGCUAACUGACUGGUUAGAAAGUGUUAUUUACUUUCUUGAAAUAGUCGCCACGCUCAGACCAGUCUGUCCCUCGCACGCACCCAAGCCAGGAGCCGACCGACCUGUCCUGACCUGCUCUGCAAACCAUAUUCUGUGAAUAUAAAUAUGGGCGGGGCCAGUUUGGCCCAAUCUUAUGUAUUUAUGGUAUUUAUUUAGAACUGUAUCAUCAGAGUAUUCAUUUCAAGUCUUACAGGAUAGUAUUAUAUACAAGAAUGACUAUUAUACUAUGCGUGAUGUACAGGCCCUUUUGGUUUUAUAAAAAAAAUAAUAAAAGAUUGAAAACCCAUGUAAAUACUGUGACAGCGUCUUACUAGAUUUGAAACAGGUUGGUAAAAUAGUAGAUAGGUAGAAUCAUUCAGUGUGGCUUUUUGUCACACACUCACAAACAUCCUCCCGGUUGGUUUCGGCUCCCAGGGUGCAGUCAGUGAGUCGAGGCCUGAAAUGAAGCAUUUGCUGAGAUUUCACUAAAUUAGCUGUUGUGGCAUUUAACAUCAUAAAAUAAAUGAUCCAGAAGAAGCCGAUAAUAGCCUUAAUUCACAGCCCAAGCUUCACUGAUAUAGGACGUUGAUCAGCAUGUAAAGUACUGAUUCAGCUGCAAUAACACUGUAAAAACAAAAAGUCAACUACAUACAGUAUAUUGUACAUAUUGACAUGUGCCACAUAAUUCAACUUUUGUUUCCCAGGUUUAGUUUCAACACGAUUAAAAUGACUCUGCCUUCUGGUCUCAUCCAAACAUUUGUGGGGUCUCGUCUUUCAAAGAACGUGCGUCUAUUAGGAAGGUGGAGGUUCUCUCAAGCGUUAACCUACGAGUUACAAAUUAACCUGU